ACUAUUUUAAGCAGUAAUAGUUACGGAGAAUAACUUUUAUUCUAAUUAUCCUCCUCUUCUUUGGUAAUUAUAAUAAUUUUCUAUUCAUCGAAAAAUAAAAUACGUAAAAAAGCAUUUGAUUUAAUUUAUUAAAAAAAACUACUGUAUCUUGCACGUAAUACGAAUAUCUAAUAAUUUUUUAUACGUCAAUCGUUUACAAAAUAAUGAAAAAUUAUCGUCAGUUGCAACAAAUUUUAUUUGGACAUCGUAAUCUAAGGCGAUUAUUUUGUGCGAAAGUCAUAAAAUCGUCAACGUUACAAGAUGAAUGUAAGGAUUGUACAGAGAAACUAAAUCAAAUAGUUCCGUUAUUUAAAAAGGGCUUAAUGUUUGCCGAUAAAGUUUGUAUAACGGAUUUUAAUGGUCAAUACACUUAUAUGCAAUUAUAUGCUAACUCGAAAAGACUAUCUAGGCAAAUUUCCAACAUAUGUGGUAGUGGCUCCGGUUCAUCCAUAGCUUUCUUUUAUUCUAAUGAUGUAUUGACGGUGCUAAUUUUAUGGGCGAUAUGGAUGUCAGGACAAACAGCUAUGGCUCUGAAGCGUGAUCUUGGAGAAAAUUUACUUGUCAGUUUAUUUAAAACAAAUAAAACAAGGCUUAUUAUAUCUUCGGAUAAAUAUGAAAAUUGUAGUUGUAAAAUAGCUUGUGACAAUAGCAUUCCAUUGAUAAAAAUAGACCACAAGUUUCUUCAAACUGAUCAAGAAAACCAAGAGAAUAGUAAAAUUUUGGCUACUCGGAAGAAGGCAUUUUUCGAAGGAGUUCUAUUUAAUGAUUUUUAUAAUAACUCGGCUGCACUGUGUAUCUACACCGAUAAAAGUGAAGAAACCACCAGAAUUACAUUGCUGUCUCAUAAACAUUUAAACGCUCAAAUAAGAAAGGCAGUACAAGCACUGAAUAUAUCUGGUAACGAAAGAAUACUUUAUAUUUGCCCAUCGUCUCAUAGCUCCUAUGUUGGAUACAUAUUUAAUAUGUUGUUUCCGUUAAGUGUGGGGAGUCAUGUUUUUAUAUUAGAACCAUUCGAUGCCAAGUCUGCUUGGAGCACUAUCUUAGGCCUAAAUAUACCUUUAAAGGAGCGUGUCGACAUAAUGAUUGCCGAACCAGAAGUUUAUCAACUUUUGAUACAAGAAUAUAAUAACAUGUUUACAGGAGACCAUCAAAUGAUAGAAUAUAUAAAGGAUUACUGUCAACGCAAUAUUCGUCUAAUGAUGUCGUGCUUAAUGUCUUUAAAUUCUUCAAUAUUUUCUACUUGGCUUGAGAUCACAGGACAUUCGCUACUAGAAUGUGAUUUCCUAAAUGAUUAUUUAAACUCAAGAACAAGUAAGGAUUAUCCUGACACUAUCUCCAAAAAUCAUUUUAGAAGGCUGCGUAUAGUCGAUGCGAAUGACAAUGUUUUGUUGGAACUAGAUGACUUCCAAAGAUUCCGAACAUCACAUACACCAAUAAUCGGACGCCUUUUGAUAGCAAAAGCUUCAAAUGAAACUUUCCACUACACUGGUGAAAUAGUCGCCUACUGCAAUGGUGUUUUUAUGAAAGUUGGUCGUUAUCAUUAUCGUUCAAACUGAUUGAUUUUUGCAAUCAAGUGCACUUUAAUAAAUGUAUUUGUUUGCUUUUUCUGAUUAUAAAAAUGACUAAUUGUCUGAUAAUAGGGCAAAGAAAGAAAAACAAAAAAGAAAAUGACUCACGAUUGAAUGAGUCACUGAAUAACAAACUUUCUCACAUAUUCGUAUUUAUCUCUUUUGGGGAGAGAACCAUCCAAAUUUUAGAAAAAUAAAAAAAUAAAUUUUACAAUUUGUAAAGGGGUAAUUUUUAGUGUUUUUUUGUUUAAUUUUUAUUAUUAUUUAUAAAAAGCUGAAAUUCAAUGUUUCAUUAUUUCUGCUUCAAAAUACAAAUAUUGUGUUGUGGUUGAUGUAAUUUUAUUGGAUUGGGUGGUAGAGUGGUGUUAAUAAAAAAA